AUGGGCGCAUUUUUGUUAGCUUUCUUCUUUUUGCAUUUUCCGUUGCUCACUCUUGCUGAAAAAUACAAGACAUGUGAAGAAUACAACAGCUUCCGGCACAUCGCUGCAGGCGAAAAUUUCGGCCUCUUGAAGCCUAUCAACCACACGACGCGGAAAACCUGCGUGACCCUCUGCCAGGAUGUCUCCUACAUCCUCCGCCUUCAGUUCCCCGAAGACUGCCACCGAGCUUUUGACAGCAAAAUCAAACAGUGCCGAUUGCUGAAUCUCCCGAAGCUGACCAAGGCGAUCAGGAAAUCCGCGAAUGUAGAAGAAGAUUCAAGAAUCACCGUCCCUUACGGCGAUUUCUGCAGACUUCUCUGCGAACGACACCCUUAUUGCUACGCAGCGGAAACCAGAUCAGUUGGAAGAGCGGGGUAUUACUGUAACUUUAUUCACAGAAGCAACCGAAGACCGAACCCGUCGAAGAUUUGCGAGAGAAAAAGGUGCACCACUUUCAUUUGCGAAAAAACUGAUCAAAAUUUGCUUAUCAUGAAAUAA